AUUGUCAUCUUUGAUAGCCGCCAGCGCCUCAACACCACGACUACGUCCACGAUCACCGCCGCCCAGACGACAAUCGCUAUCAUGGCCGAGAACGACUCUUUCCUCCAUCUCGCGCGUCCCCUCGGCCCUGCGCCUCUGGGUGCCCAACCAUCGACUGCCCCGCUGAACGUCGCCAUCCAGCCCCAGGCCGUCUUCUCCAUCCUCGACCAUGCCCUCCGCCGCCCCGCCGACCAGGAACGCGUCAUUGGUACCCUCCUCGGCACCCGCAGCGAAGACGGCACUGAGAUUGAGAUUCGCAACUGCUAUGCUGUCCCUCACACCGAGACGGCUGAGCAGGUUGAGGUCGACAUGGACUACCAGAAGCAGAUGCUUGCCCUCCACCUCCGCGCCAACCCCCGCGAAGUCCUCGUCGGCUGGUACGCAACCAGCAGCGACCUCAACACCUUCUCCGCCCUCAUCCAGAACUUCUACAGCCAACAGGGCGACGGAACAUGGCCACACCCCGCCGUUCAUCUGACUGUGUCGACCGUACCGGGUCAGGACAUUGAGUCCAAGACGUACAUCUCCGCCCCCAUUGGUGUCACUGCCGAGCGCGCGGCCGACUCUUGCCUGUUCAUCCCAGUGCCCCAUGAGAUCAAGUACGGCGAGGCCGAGAGAUCGGGUCUAGAGCUCAUCUCAUCCGCAAAGGACAGCGAGGACCGGUCACAAGAGGUCAUGACCGACCUGGAUUCAUUGGAGCGCGCCAUCCAACAUGUCCUUGACAUGCUUGAGCGCGUGUCCACCUACGUUAACAAUGUUCUGGACGAAGAGGCUGAGCCUUCAUCCGCAUUGGGCCAGUUCCUGAUGAACGCACUCAGCUUAGCACCCAAGGUUGAGCCUGCUGACAUUGAGCGUGACUUCAACGCACACAUCCAGGAUGUCCUUGUGGUAUCAUACCUAGCAAACACAAUCCGCACACAAAUCGACCUCUCGAACCGUCUGGCAACAGCAGCGCUGACGAUGGGUGGUGGUGAUGUUCUUGGCGGCGAAGGCAAGAAAGACGGCGAAAACAGGGGCAAGGGAGGUGACCGACGAGGCGGAGGCAAGGGAAGGCAGCAGAGGGAACAAGAGGCAUGAGCAUGCCGAAAAAGAAAAUGGAUACAUUGCAAGGAGUUUGGCGUUUGGCUAACGCGUUAUUCUAGACGGAGUCAAGCCUCUAGCAACAUGGGCGUGGGAAUGCCCGUUUCUAAAAUGGUUGAUAGAUUCAGCAUGGGGAAAUGUGGGCGGAUCUUGGAAACGUGGAAACUCGUGGAUUCAAGGCAUGAAUGGCAGCCAUGACAAAUGAUGAUGAUGAUGAUGAUGACGACGAAGAUGAUUAGGUGGUCGAGCUGCAGGCUGCUUGCUUCCAGUCCAAGAGAAAACAAAAGCCCUUGCCCAGUAAAAGCGCUGUAUACCUAGUAGUUUUUGUUUGACGCGGCCGCGGUGGUUAAAAUCAUCACUACGCUGAGGGCAUAUGUUGGAACGUUGGAAUGCCAGAUAUUUUGACCUG